AUGGCCUCGAGUCAUUUCGUUGACACCAAACGUUUCGUCCAUCGAUCAACGAAUAAAAAACUUGUUGCUUAUGUCAGUCCCCUAAAUCAAUCACGAUCUCAUGUCACUGCAAAAGCGCCCCAAACAGAUUCAUGGUCACCUUCGCCACCACCAUCACCGUUAACGGAUGAAUUGCAAUUACCAUCAAGAGAACGAACACGAGUUCUGGUUAGAGAAGAACGACGAGUACCAAUAAGCGUAGAAUCACGUUUACCAGUGAGAAGGGAGCAACGUAUUCCAAUAAGCUUUGAAUCACGAUUACCAGUGAGAGAAGAACAGCAUAUACCAAUAAGAAUGGAACCGCAAAUCUCGACAAGAGAAGAAUAUCCACCCUCAUCGCCAGAACGACUGGUCAAUGUUGAUACACCACGCGCAGACGUACCGGCUACUCGACGAGUUAUUGUUGUACGUAGCAAAAACCCGAGUCAACAUAGUCAACGUUCAAAUCGAUCGAUGGAUGGAAGAAGAGAAGAUACAGUGACCAUUCCUAUUUCUACCAGUACUGGAAAUAAAUCGAUCUAUUUUAUUCGACGACCCAUUGUACCAACCGAAGAGGAAGAAGCAACAACGACAACAACUCAAUGA